UCGGAAUUUGUUGACGAAAGUCGAACGCGGAGUGAACGUAACUAUUAUUGGAGUAAUAACUGGACAAUGUUUAUUCAGUUUCUACAUUAAAAUUUACAUCUAAUAACUAGCUACUCAACCCCAUGGUUUGAAGUGUAGGCUCCGUCUUUGGAGUAACCUAAUUUGUACCAAUCAGCAGUGCAGUGUAACUUUCGAAAAUGUCCUUCCUUCGGGGCUCUGAGAACUACGUUUGGUGCACGACUAGCGUGCUAGGUAAAGGCGCAACGGGCGCUGUAUUUCAGGGUGUCAAUAAGAACAACGGCGAGCCCGUAGCCGUGAAAACUUUUAACCAGCUGAGUCACAUGAGGCCUCAUGAUGUGCAGAUGCGGGAAUUUGAGGUGCUGAAGAAGGUGAAACAUGAGAAUAUCGUGAAGUUACUCGCUAUUGAAGAGGAGCAAGAGGGCCGCGGCAAGGUCAUUGUCAUGGAGCUGUGCACGGGUGGCAGCCUCUUCAACAUUCUCGACGACCCGGAGAACACCUACGGCUUACAAGAACAUGAGUUCUUACUUGUCUUGGAACACUUGACAGCGGGCAUGAAACAUUUACGUGACAACAAUCUAGUGCAUAGGGAUUUGAAACCUGGAAAUAUUAUGAAGUUUAUCAAUGAGGAUGGUACUACAACAUACAAACUUACAGACUUUGGAGCAGCUAGAGAAUUACAAGAAGAAGAACAGUUUGUUUCUCUAUAUGGUACUGAGGAAUACUUACACCCAGAUAUGUAUGAGCGGGCAGUGCUUAGGAAGCCUGUUGGGAAGAGUUUUGGAGCCACAGUGGACUUGUGGUCUAUUGGGGUCACAUUGUACCAUGUGGCGACGGGCCAGCUGCCUUUCAGGCCAUAUGGGGGUAGGAGAAAUAAAGAAACCAUGUUUUAUAUCACUACUAAAAAGGCUUCAGGAGUUAUAGCUGGCACGCAAACAACAGAAAAUGGCCCCAUAGAUUGGGCCAGAGAGCUCCCAUCACACUGCCAACUGAGUGUUGGUCUCCGCAAACUGGUGACACCAUUACUAGCAGGAUUACUGGAAGUGGACCCGCACAGGAUAUGGACAUUCGAGCGGUUCUUCUCCGAGGUGCAGGCCGCCACCUCCACUACUGCUGUACAUGUGUUCCAUGUUAACAAGGCUUGCAGUGUUAAGGUAUUCAUGAAGCCCGAAGACCGUUUCGAGCAGCUCCAAACCGCGCUCCUGGAGCAAUGCGGCGUCGUCGCCGAAUCACAAGUUCUACUCUACGCCGACCGUCUGUUACUCAGCGAAGUAGACGAGAGCACCCCCGGGCGGAGUUACCCCGCCACCACCGCCACUGAACCAUUACUGUUGUUUAACAAGAGCUCAACGAGUGUGAGCUUAGCGCCGGAACCUGAUGCGCCCAAAUUUCCAGUCUUUCCUAACAUCGUGUCGGUUGAAAACGACGCUAGUCAGGCUAAGACGGCAUGUAGCGUAGGCCACGUGAUCAAGCGGCGAGUGGAAGCCUUGGCCGCAGCCUCCCAGCUCUGUGGCGCCGCCGUGGCGCGCUGGGGAGCCCUGCUCGGCGCCCGGCUCGCCGCCGCGGCGCAACGCACGGACGCGCUCGCUGCCCACGCGCAGAGGCUGCAUGAAGCGGCUAGAGCGCUCGAUCUACUGACACAGGUGAACAAGCACCACGGCAGCGUCGGCUCGGGCUUGGAGUCGGAGCCGGAGUGGUCGGCGAUGGCGGCGCUGCUGGCGCGCGAGGCGGGCGCGCUGCGGGGCGCGGCGGGCGCGCUGGCCGCCAGACACGGCGGCGCCGGCGCGUCCGGCUUGCGCGCCGAGUGGGCCGCCGCCGCGCGCCAGGCGCCCUGCGUGCACGACCAGAGGCUCCACACCAGGACCAAGACCCUCGUCGAGCGAUUACGUGAAUCUUGGCAGCACCUAGUCCGCGACCGCGCCACGCGCGCGCUCACGUACAACGACGAGCAGUUCCACGUGCUGGAGCGCAUCACCGUGGCCGAGGCGGGCCGCCGCGUGCGCGCGCUGCUGCAGCGGGCGGCGCCCAUGGCGCGCGCCAGGGCCGACGCCUUACACGACUGGUACCAGGUGGCGCAAACAGUGUGGCUUCAAACGUGCAUAUUGGACAAGGACGCGAGCGGCGCCGAGCUUAAACUGUUAGCUUUGGCCGCCAGACUACAAGACGCCGAACUACGAGCUCGUGUACAAUUACAAGACCAUCUAAAUAACAAAGUAGCCGAUCCUCCCGUCGACAAAGCCAAAGAGGCGGCGCGCAGCCGCGGCGGCGUGACGGCCACCGGCGCCGGCGUGCGCGCGCUGCUGCACGCGCACGACGACCUCGCCGCCGCCGCCGCCAACAACGCCGCGCUCGUCGCCAGGCUCGCGGCGCUGGCCGGCGAGCUGCAACCUUAGCGCCGUGACGCUGCGGCCCACUGUCGGGAGUUUAGGCGAGGUGGCCGGUCUAGUGGCGAGUGUAAUACGGGCCGCUAUCGUGUGACAAGACAUCGCGAGUUUAGUGUAGAGCAAAGUGACGAAUGUAAAGUCAGAGACAGUCAAGAUGAGCGCGUGUUUAGUGAAUCCAGUGUGCAAUACGGUCGCGAGCCCAUAGAUGAGCAGAGUGAUGACAAAUGUCACGGCCCGGGAGACAGUGAAUGUUGCGAAAAUAGCGCGAAGUGCAAUGGGAAUAGUGAUGAUAAACUUGAGUGUGAACAGUGUAGUGAAAGUGACAGUAAAAAACUUCAGGACCAAUUUAAUUAUGCAAUAGAGCGUAACGGAAACGAUAAUUAUAAACUCUCUGAAUGCAAUGGUAACUAUGAUAGUGAAACAGACAGUGAAACAAAUACAGAUAGUUUGAGUGAUAGUGAGACACCAUCGGUGACAUCGGGUGUUGGGACGGUGAUCCAUGGGUCGGUGAGCUCCAGGGAUGUGACCUCGCUGGAUGAGGAGGUCAAGGAGAAGAGCAGAAAGUCGGCUUGUGUUGUUACAUAGAAGAAAUUAAAAUACUAUUAGCACUUGCCAUUUUAAUACAUAUUGGCAAAAAUUACUGAUGAUAUAGGGCUAGUCUUGAAAGUUGGUACUAUAAUAUGAAAUGCUAGGUCAAAUAUUCAAAACCCUUACAGAAAGUGAUUGAUCUGCAUUUUUUUUUAUAUUACACAGUUGUUCACAGUAUGGUGCAAGGGUGCAACCCACACUAAACAUGCCAACACUGGUGUUUUCAGAUGAAAACAUUUUAAUAUUUUCAAAAGAUUUGAGACUAUUUUUAAUGAAUUUAUAAAAAAUCUAAUCAAAUGUUAUAUUUAAGUAAUAAAUAAAUAAACUAAAGAUCUCUUGAUUCAUCCUUCCAAAUAGUUCCAAGAAGAAGUUUAAACUUCCAUUUAUUAAUUAUUCGAACUGAGAAUAGAUCUCAAUCAUGUAUUUAUGCUAGAGGUAGCAAAAGAGUAUGGAGAUAUUUUAGACAGUAUCCAAAAAGCACAUUGUAGAAUUUACAAACCAAUAAAGUAUAGUUUAAUGAAGGCCAGGAUGCCAAAAUCACCUCAAUUUAAUGAAAUUAUUGCACUAAGUAUUGUGUGAUGAGACAUAUGAAGUCUAAUAAGUAGGAAGAUUUACUUUACUUGCCCCCUUAUUCAUAAAACUUAACAAGGCUCAUUUAGUUAAUUAAUUCAUGUUUUAUCCCUAUCGCGCGCGUAGCGCGUUUAUGAAUAACGCCAUUAGUAUUUAAUAAUAAAGGUUUUCUAUCCUGCGGACCCCAGGCUCCCAUGAGCCAUGGCAAAAAUGCCGGGAUGACGCAAGGAAGAAGAAGAAUAAGAAUAAAAGUUUUCUAUUGUCAUCAAUGAAAGCCAUUGUAAAGAACAGAGAUACUAAGAACUUUUGAAUGUUUACCACAGGCCCCUAGGCUGUGUGAUUUUCACAAUAACUUGCAUAAAUUAAUGUUGCAUAUCUGUCAUCCUUAUUGGUCCAAUACAUAUUUGCAAUGUACUAGUAACUUUUAAGUAACAAAAUUAUAAUAGAAAUGUGAGUAUUUCUAUAUUGAAUUAUCAUAUGAAAAUUGUUUAUUGUUAAAAAAUAUUUUAAUGUAAAUAAUUAUAUAGUAUACUACAAUAAGUAAAUAAAUGAAUUAUUAUAAA